AUGUUAUCAAAUACAUCAAGAGGGCACUAAUAAAAUCAAUUUUCAAAGACUUAAACUCAAACUCUGAUUCCCCUUUCUGAAUUAAAUAAUAUUAGAGGAAAGCUUAAGGGUGGCAAUUUAGCUUAAGAAGAAAGAUAAUUGGAUAAAAUGAGAAUGUAUAACUUGUUUUAAUUUAAAGGAAGGCAAAUUCUGAGGAGAGGAUGAAACGAUGGCCUACUACAAUAGCAGCUUAUAAAUAAAAAAGAGAUUAACAUAGAUUUGAAAAAUUUGCUGCAGCAGAGGAAGAGAGAAGGUAAAUUGAUAUUGAAGAGGAAAUCUUUUAGAAAGGACAAAAAAAGAUUACUUUAGAAUAAGCAAAUAAAUAAAUUUAUGAGGAUAGCGAUAAGGUUAAAGCUUUUCAUGGAAAAAUGUUAUUUUCUGAUGUUUUGUAGGAGAGGGAUGAAUAAAUUUUAAUGGAGAAAUAUAAGAAAGAACUUCUUAAAUAAUAAGAGGAGAUAUAUUAAUAAAUUUUAGAAGAAUAAUUAGAUGAAUAUGAUUAAAAAUAGAGUUUAAAAUAGAAAAUGUAAUAAUAAAGAAAAAAGGAAUAAAUGAAUAUGUUACACAAGUAAGAUAAUAGAUAUUUAGAUAACAUGAAGAAAUGAAAGAGAAAUAUCUCACAAAAUUGAAAGAAGAGAGGAUUGAAGGAGAAUUAAUUAAAUAAAAGGUUAAAGAUGCUUUAGAAGAGGAAUAAAAGAUAUAAAGAUUAAAAUAGGGAAAGAUUUUGGAAAAUUAGAGAUUAGUAUAAUAGGCAAAUGAUUAAUUAAAAGAGUUUAAGAUUUAAUAAAGAAUUAAGGAGAAAGAGGAGGAUGAAUAAAUAAGAUUGCAUGCAGAGAAGAAAUAAAGAAUAGCUGAGAUGAGAAAGGUUAGAGAGGAUUUAAAAUUUCAUGAGAAAUAGUAAUAGAGAUAAAAAAUGAUAGAUCGAUAGAUUUAAUAGUUAGAAAUAGUUAAAAAGGCAUAAGAAGAACAUUUAAAUAAAUAAAUUAUAGAAGCACAAGUUAAAGCUGAAGAAGUUGAAAAAAUAAAAAAGUAGAAGAGAGAAUAAAUGUUUAAAGCAAUUGAUUAUAGCAGAAAGAUAAAGGAUGAAGUUAAAUAGAAAGAAUCAAAAUGUAUUUUGUAUUGUAAUCAGUUAAGCUGUUGAUUAUCAUAAAAAAGAAUUUUAAAUAUAUUGGGAAAAAAGAGGGAAAGAACUAGAAGAAAUAGAAAAUGUAGAAAAUACAGCAUAAAGAGAUAGGAGAAUUCAAAAUGCAAAAUAUUAAUAAGAUUAAAUUAAUGAAAAGACAGUAAUUAUUAUUUUAUUAAAUUAUUAUUAAGAUUUUAAGAGAAAAAGAAUAUCUUGAAUAAUUAGAUUAAUAAGAAGAGAAAUAAAGAAAAUUAGAAAAAGAGGAUGAAAUUUUUAUGAUAUGGGCAAGUUAAAAGAUUUAAGAAUAAUCAAAAGAAGGAAAGAAUAUAUUGCCAUUAAUAAAAGAAUUAAAAAAUUUAAGUAAAGUUUAAUGA